AUGGGAGUCGUGCGAGACAGGGAGACUGAGAACCGUCCUCUACGUGGCAUGUUGCCUUCCAGUCAAGAGGCUGGCAAAGGCCUCUACAUAGGGGGCGAAGACUCACCUCCAACUUACCAUCAGCGACACCACCACCACCACACAUCCACGGUCAACAACCCUACUGACACAUACACUUCCAGGUAUUGGCCGGUACAGCAGUCAGAGACAGACAGAGCCUACCAUAGUGGAAAAGGGGUUAGUUCAGAUUUCCACACUGGAGAGAAACAGCCUCCAUUCCUGGGUACCAUGGAAUAUACAAACGGGCAACAUUUGCCACUAGUUGGCCCAUCACCAACGCCCCCGUCAUCCGCUCCAGCAUCAACUAUUUUUUCGUUUUACUCUAAAAAACACGCCUCUGAUGGGGAUUUGCCAUAUAAACAAAAUACAUUCUCCUUAAAUGGCCAUUCUCACCAACGCCUGAACAUGACGCCACAUAACUCCGCCUACACUUCUAUCCAAAGAAACGCCCACAAUGAAAUCUAUCCUUCAUCGGCAUCCCCACAACUGCUUCCAAAUUCAAAUUUUCUAAAUCUGGGAACAGACCAGGCCCGCACAGCCAACCCUUUGGCGGAUCAGUUCUACAUCAAAUCCCUAGAUCCUUUAUCUCCGACAUUAGAAGUUCCAUGGAAUAUCUCCGACACACUGUGCAACAACCGAACCACGGGAAGCUAUGACUGCUGGGAACUAUUUAACCCGGAUGAGAACGAGACGAGUACUCAGAACCCGUUCAUCGACGAUGACUACCGAUUCUGGACUCUGGUACUCAUCAUCAUCCCUAUCCUAACGGUGUUCGGCAACAUCCUGGUGGUGCUGAGUGUAAUCAAGGAGAAGAGUUUGAAGACCGUCACCAACUACUUCAUCUGUUCCUUGGCCGUGGCCGACAUCAUGGUGGCGGUGAUAGUGAUGCCUUUUGCUGUCUACAUGGAGUCGACAACAUUUCCAUUGUCAUUUUAUCAAGUGCCCACAGUAAGUUGA